UUGCUGGUGUGUGAGAGGAUAAAAGGAGUGUUAGCGUAGGAGUGUGUGGUCAGCACUGUGAGUGUGGAGGCCUAGGGAUGGGGAAGGCAGCUGGCUCAAGGCAAACUGUGCGCGUGGGCCUCUGAGGACAUGUGUCCCAGCUGAUUACAAGGAGCAGGGAUCCAGAGCCUUCUCCCAUUGCCUUGUACUUUGCCAGACACAGCCAACCCCUCAGGAUUCCUGAAGCCAUGAAGAUGGUGGUGUUCACUACGGCUCUGCUGCUGCUGCUAUCCCAGGUCACUCCAGGGAACACUGAAAAGUGCUGGAAAUAUCAGGGUACCUGCCGCGACCAAUGCAUCAAGGACGAAAAGGUCUACAUCUUUUGCUGGAGUGGCAAAAUGUGCUGUGUGAAGCCCAAGAAUGUACCACAGCUGUCACAGGAUUUGGAUUAGCACUCUGAAGCCCUAGGUGACAAAAUGAAGGUGGACCCACCCAGAGUCUGACUUCGGCUGUCCCCUGAGCUUCAUUAAAGCAACAUUGGCUGA